UACAGAGAUUUUUAUCUGGCGAUUCCGGAGUCCUGCAACUUCGUCCCCAAAUCGACGCUCGCCCAAACCCUUGGCUCGCGUCCGAUCGCCGCCGGCCCACCUUCCCCGGCGCCUCCGCCAUUCGAUUCCCUACUCCCAGACCGCUCGACGCUUUCCCCUCCUUCAGCUCUCCCACCGCCGCCGCCCCCCUUGAUACUCGCCGCCACAGGUCCACAUCCUAUCCCAGAUUCCAUCACAGAACUUUCACAAUGGCAGGAUCCCACGCGCCAGUAGAAAGGAUGGCGUCGAGAUGCACCCCCGCGACGGCGCGGGCCACGCUCGCGUUCGAGAUCGUUGGGUAUAGCAUGCAUAAGGGCAUGGGCGCCGGUAAAUUCAUCCAGUCACCCCGCUUCUCCGUUGGCGGGCACGAAUGGUGCGUCCGCUACUGCCCUAACGGAAUUCCGAUGGUUGACAUCAACAAGGACUACCUCUCAGUAUCCCUCGAGCUCCUGAGCAAGCGCGCUGAAGAUGUGCCGGCGCUCUUCGACUUGAGACUCAUCAACAAGAAGAGCGACCUGGAAAAGUCUGCUCUACUAAAGGAUGACUGCCUCAUGAUUGAGUGCGACCUAACUGUGAUCAAGGAGCCACUUGUUGACCAACCUGUGGAGGUCCAGAUGCCACCAUCAAACUUGUCUGAUAACCUUGGAAAAUUGCUAGAGACAGGUGAGGAAGCAGAUGUGAUAUUCAAGGUUAAAGGGGAGGUUUUCAUUGCGCACAAGAUUGUGCUUGCUAUGCGGUCGCCAGUCUUCAAGGCACAGCUCUAUGGACCGAUGAGAGACAAGACGAGCCGGAAGAUAACUGUCAAAGACAUGCAGCCUGCUGUUUUCAAGGCAUUGCUGCACUUCAUCUACACGGAUUCGUUGCCUUCCAUGGAAGAUCUUGAUGAUGAUGAGAAUGAAGAAAUGGUUAAGCACUUGCUAGUGGCUGCAGAUCGGUAUGCAAUUGAAAGGUUGAAGCUGAUAUGUGAAGGCAUUCUUUGCAAAAGUCUUGAAGUUCAGUCUGUUGCGACCAUGUUAGCUCUAGCUGAUCAGCAUCAGUGCAGCAGGCUCAAAGAUGCUUGUGUGGAAUUUGUCACCUCUUCAUACAGAAUGGAUGAUGUGGUGGCAACCCAAGGGUAUGCGCACCUGAAAAGAUCAUGCCCUGCUGUCUUAGUAGAUAUCUAUGAGAGAGUAACGAAGUCCCGCAAAAUCUAGUAUGCUCAUCCUGGAUAAAAUUUAUAAUAGUUUAGCUUAAUUGACUUGUGGCACCUGGGAUGAAUUAGUCAUAUCCUUUGAAUUUUCACUUUCUAGUGAUCUUUUGUAAGAAUUCGCAAGGCUUUCCAUGUCCUUCAGUAUUCAUACGUCAUUUGGGGAUCUAUUUGUGGCUUUUGGUGGAGAAUGAGUCUCUGUCUUCCAUGUAGUGAUUGGCUCAUCCUAUCCUAUGAAAUUAUGAAUCUUCACUAGUUCA